AUGGUGCCCUCCCAGGAGGAGCCCGCCGCCGCGCGGGGGCCGAGCGAGGCGCAGCCGCCCGGCCCUGCGCCCCCAGGGGCCGCUCCGCUGCCCGGCUCGGGACCCUUGGAUGGCCCGGAGGCGGCGGGGGCCGAGAAGGUGGAGGUAGAGCUGGCGGGGCCGGCGGGGCCGGCGGGCGCUGAGCCCCUUGAGCCCCCUGAGGGCGGCUGGGGUUGGCUGGUGAUGCUGGCGGCUAUGUGGUGCAACGGGUCGGUGUUCGGCAUCCAGAACGCCUGCGGGGUGCUCUUCGUGUCCAUGCUGAAGACCUUCGGGUCCAAGGACGAUGACAAGAUGGUCUUCAAGACAGCAUGGGUAAGUUCUCUCUCCAUGGGGAUGAUUUUCUUCUGCUGCCCAAUUGUCAGCGUCUUUACAGACGUGUUUGGUUGCCGGAGAACAGCUGUCGUGGGUGCUGCUGUUGGAUUUGUUGGACUCGUAUCAAGUUCUUUUGUGAGCUCCAUCGAGCCUCUGUACCUGACCUAUGGAAUCAUAUUUGCCUGUGGCUGCUCCUUUGCCUACCAGCCUUCACUGGUCAUUUUGGGACACUAUUUCAAGAAGCGCCUUGGACUGGUGAAUGGCAUUGUCACCGCCGGCAGCAGUAUCUUCACAAUUUUGCUGCCUUUCCUUUUAAGGGUACUGACUGACAGCGUGGGCCUCUUUUAUACCCUGAGGGUCCUCUGCAUCUUCAUGUUUGUUCUCUUUCUGGCUGGCUUUACUUACCGACCUCUUGCUUCCAGUGCCAAAGAUAAAGACAGUGGAACCAAAGGAGGCAACAGAUUCUCCCUCUUUUCCAGGAGAAAGUUCAGUCCUCCAAAAAAAAUUUUCAAUUUUGCCAUCUUCAAGGUGACAGCAUAUGCAGUGUGGGCAGUUGGAAUACCACUUGCACUUUUUGGAUACUUUGUGCCUUAUGUUCACUUGAUGAAACAUGUGAAUGAAAGGUUUCAAGAUGAGAAAAAUAAAGAGGUGGUUCUCAUGUGCAUCGGCAUCACUUCAGGAGUUGGACGGCUGCUCUUCGGCCGGAUCGCAGAUUAUGUGCCUGGUGUGAAGAAAGUUUAUCUACAGGUACUGUCCUUUUUCUUCAUUGGUCUGAUGUCCAUGAUGAUUCCCCUGUGCAGCCUCUUUGGGGCCCUCAUUGCUGUCUGUCUCAUCAUGGGUCUCUUCGAUGGAUGCUUCAUUUCCAUUAUGGCCCCCAUUGCCUUUGAGUUAGUUGGUGCCCAGGAUGUCUCACAAGCAAUUGGAUUUCUACUCGGAUUCAUGUCUAUACCCAUGACUGUGGGCCCACCCAUUGCAGGGUUACUCCGUGACAAGCUGGGCUCCUAUGAUGUGGCAUUCUACCUCGCUGGAAUCCCUCCCCUUAUUGGAGGUGCUGUCCUUUGUUUUAUCCCAUGGAUCCAUAGUAAGAAGCAAAGAGAGAUCAAUAAAACCACUGGAGGAGAAAAGAUGGAGAAAAUGUUGGAGAACCAGAACUCUCUGUUGUCAAGCUCAUCUGGAAUCUUUAAGAAGGAAUCUGACUCUGUUAUUUAAUGUCUUAUAUACCUCCACCAGACUGGACUUGCUUUUAGAAGUUUAAGCAAGUUUUCCUUUUAUAUGAAUUGCAAAUUUCUUAUUUUUUUAAUCACAUCCUAGGAAUAGCACAAUAAUUGGGAAAUAGAACCUUAUUACUACAAGAAUCAUUUUCUGCCACUGAAAAGCUGUCCAAUAUUUCCAUGAGUCUGAGGCCGGAGACUCAGACUCAAUUUCAUGUACAAGAAAACCUGUCUGAAAGUCAAAUAUUAUGAGAAUAUGAAGCUAUCUCAGUAAAAAGUAACUUCAGAAACUGUGAGCACUAUUUAGCUUAUACAAAUAUUUAAAAAUACCUCAAGCUGUAUUGAAAGGGUUGCAGUUUGGUUAGGACUGGAAAUAUUGUUUGUCUCACUUGGCGUUUUUAGUUUUGGUAUCUUUAAUUUCUUCUGCUAUUUGGAAACAAAAUUUAAGCCUGGAUUCUAGAUAAUAUCAGAUCUACUUAAAUCUCAAGUCUAGUUAAAAUUGCUCCCCUGCUCUUAAAUAAGCUUUGAAAGUAAGUUAUUCUGACUUGCUCCAGUGUCAAGGGACCUUUUUGGAGCAGGUACUGACAAGGUGUUCAGAAUCGAGGUGUGAGAUGAACAGGAUCAUGUUCAUAAGGGCAGAACAGUUCAGAAAUCAGACAUUUCUUCCAUUUACAUUUUUCCCCUUUGGAUUUGCAGUGUGUUUUACUCAAGUAGCCAGAAACACCCCAGAUUUCUGAAUUUGUUUAAAUUGUAACAAUAAAGUAAAAUAGAAGAAUUGAAAGAUAUUCUGGCAUUUUAACUUAGAAUUUUUCUGACUUCUGAUUUGUUGCUCAGUAAGACUUUGUUUAAAUAUCAGGUCCUAGUGCAUGUUAUCAAGUUGCAGUUUUAGGCACAAAUGGGAAAAAAACAUUUGUGAAGAAAAUAUCUAUUUCUGAUAGAAAGAAUUGCUCAAAUCGGUAAAACUUUCUGACAAAACUUUGCGUUCAUAUGUACUUAUCCUAUUGUGUUCCCCUUUAACAUUGCCUGUAUUUUUAAAAAUAUUUUUAUACACAGACAAAUAUAAGAAGGCUAUUUGAGUUUUAAAGACUUAAAAUUAAAACCGAAGUCAUGACAUGACCCAUAUUCAUCUAAAAAACAUCAGAACACGUCCCUCAGUCCUGAAAUUAUAUUUUAGUACAUUUUUCUUUCUUAUUUAGGUCUUUAAGUUAAUAAUGUACAAAGCAUAUUUAAAUCCUAAAUACAUAUGUAUUUUAGAUCUUCCUCAAAUGUAGCUUGUUCACCUGGGAAAAUGCUGUUUUUAUAAAGCACCUCCAGGAUUCACCUGUUUCUAAAGUCUCUGUGCUGAGAGAAAUGAAACCUAUUAUCUCCCUACUUCUCUUUUCAGCUUCGAUCGUUUGUGAAAGGCAAAGUCCUUCCAUUCCUGUCUCUAGCUGAGGAUGGAGAUGCCUGGAAAGCGUAUGGAUUUGCAGUUGUUGAUGGGAAAGGAGGGCAGGCAGGGGGAGGAGCAAAGUGAGGCUGUUAACUAAACAUCUAGAAAACCCAGUAACUUUUCCUUUUAGUAUC